AUGUUUAACUACAAGUUGAUAACUUUAAUGCUAGUAGCAUUAUACUGUGUUCUACAAGUAUCCGAAGUUUUUGCCAGUGUUAAUAGUGAGGAAGAAUGGAUUCCAUUAAACAACAAAUCUCCUGAUGUUAUAGCUGUAGCCAAAGAUGGUAUUCUGGAAUACGAAAUUUCAAACAAUGUUACCCAUAAAUUUGUUAUGUUGAACGUCAUUACCUCUAUGUACCAUUGGGAAAGUUCGGCAGUCGAAUUAAUAAUUAUAGCGAAAUUUAAAGAAACCAAUUGUCCACGCGAUUCAAAUGUUGAAGCCAGCUCAUGCCCUAUUCUUGAAGACAAGGAUUCAAAAUUAUGUUGGAUUUACAAAAUACAACCUUAUCAUGCUAGCGGUUAUGUUAAAAUUUUAUGUUAUUAA